AUGAAGGAGGAAAACCUUUCCCCGGAGUCGCCCGAAGGCAGCGCGGCCACCAGCGAGGACGAGGCCGAGCGGGCGCCCAGGAAAAGCGUCCGCAAGCGCGGGCAGGGUCCCGGCGGAGCCCCCUCGCCGCAGGGCAAGCGCAGCCGGCGCAGCCCGGCCCCGCAGCCCCCCGAGGACGCCCACGCCCAGCGCGUCAUCGCCAACGUGCGGGAGCGCCAGCGCACCCAGUCCCUCAACGACGCCUUCGCCGAGCUGCGCAAGAUCAUCCCCACGCUGCCCUCGGACAAGCUCAGCAAGAUCCAGACGCUGAAGCUGGCCGCUCGCUACAUCGAUUUCCUGUGCCAGGUGCUGCAGAGCGACGAGCUGGACCACAAGGUGGCCAGCAGCUGCAACUUCCUGGCCCACGAGAGGCUCAGCUACGCCUUCUCCGUGUGGAGGAUGGAGGGCGCCUGGUCCAUGUCGGCGUCGCACUGA